CGAGAUUCCCGGGAACAAAGCAAGAAAAAUCAGAGCAAUUUGGGAAGUAAACAGAAACUGGAAAGGGAGGGGGAAAGAAGAGUGGGGAGGACCCAGGUUGGGGGGGCCCUCUCCAGUCCCACCCAGUUUAGGGAAUGCCCCUGCCCUCUCCCCCACCCCCCUUCACCUGGCUCUUAAAGGGCCCGGCCCCUGGCCGGCGGCUACUUAAGACAGAGGGGCGGCGGCGGGCAGCAGCUGCGCUGCGACUGCUCUGGAAGGAGAGGACGGGGCACAAACCCUGACCAUGACCCCCCACAGGCUGCUGCCGCCGCUGCUGCUGCUGCUGCUAGCUCUGCUGUUCGCUGCUAGCCCAGGAAGCGCCUUGGCGCGGUGCCCAGGCUGCGGGCAAGGGGUGCAGGCGGGUUGUCCAGGGGGCUGCGUGGAGGAGGAGGAUGGGGGGUCGCCAGCCGAGGGCUGCGCGGAAGCUGAGGGCUGUCUCAGGAGGGAGGGGCAGGAGUGCGGGGUCUACACCCCUAACUGCGCCCCAGGACUGCAGUGCCAUCCGCCCGAGGACGACGAGGCGCCUUUGCGGGCGCUGCUGCUCGGCAGAGGCCGCUGCCUUCCGGCCCGCGCGCCCGCUGUUGCAGAAGAGAAUCCUAAGGAGAGUAAACCUCAAGCAGGCAUUGCCCGCCCACAGGAUGUGAACCGCAGAGACCAACAGAGGAACCCAGGCACCUCUACCACGCCCUCCCAGCCCAAUUCUGCUGGUGUCCAAGACACUGAGAUGGGCCCAUGCCGUAGACAUCUGGACUCAGUGCUGCAGCAACUCCAGACUGAGGUCUACCGAGGGGCUCAAACACUCUACGUGCCCAAUUGUGACCAUCGAGGCUUCUACCGGAAGCGGCAGUGCCGCUCCUCCCAGGGGCAGCGCCGAGGUCCCUGCUGGUGUGUGGAUCGGAUGGGCAAGUCCCUGCCAGGGUCUCCAGAUGGCAAUGGAAGCUCCUCCUGCCCCACUGGGAGUAGCGGCUAAAGCUGGGGGAUAGAGGGACUGCAGGGCCACUGGAAGGAACAUGGAGCCGUCAUCACUCAACAAAAAACCCGAGGCCCUCGAUCCACCUUCAGGCCCUGCCCCAUGGGCCCCUCACCCCUGGGCCUUUACACAUGCGGUUGGAAAAAGUGUUGGUGUUGGCUGGGGUGUCAAUAAAGCUGUGCUUAGAGUCCCUGG